AUGCGUGCUCCUAGUUCAGCACUCAAGCAACAAUUUCUCAAGAAAUGGUUAUUGAGUCUCCAAGUGUGUGGCUCUGCAAAGCAAAACAUGAGCAUCUUGGAGAGAAAGAAGGCAAUAAAGUUAUCAGCAGACAUUGCCUUGGCCUCUACUAGAGAUGGAAGAACUUGUUGGAGUCGCGCACUCGUUGCCAAUGCUUCAAAAGCUGAUGAGAGUAAAGUCCUUGUUAAGCAGCUAUUAGCUCCUGAGAGUGAGAGGCUAAACAAAGCGUCAAUCGGAUUGGUCAUGGACAACAAGAAGGUUAGAUGCAAGAAAAUCCUGAAGAGGAGUUGCUGCAUUAAGAGAGUAAGAAAAUGUGCGCCUCAAGUUGUUCUUGCUAAAUCUAUUGCUAAAAGGAUGGUAAAGAGAAGAACUCAAGUAUUGAAGAGUCUUGUACCUGGAGGUGAAUUUAUGGACGAUAUCUCUUUGAUUGAAGAAACCCUAGACUACAUAGUAUCUCUUCGAGCUCAGGUUGAUGUAAUGAGAACUGUUGCUAAAGCUACCGAGCUAGUCAAUGAACUUGGACUAAGCUGGCAAAUAUUUAUGUUUAGCUUUUACCUUGUCCCCAAACCUAUGGAUCAUAAAAUCCAUAAGUUUGGGUACAAGAGGCAACGAGCCAAAGACCAGGCUCAAAUUGGUUUGUCUGUGCCACACUGCCUCUGCCACCUGACUCCACUGACGGUUCCACUGCAGGACCAAUUUCAGGUGACUUUUUGGUGCCCUCCAGCUCGGUCCAAAUUUGGGUUUGAGUUUGAUACAACACACCCGUUUUACCUUGAAGACAUUAAGCCUGCUCUCGACUUCACUAGGCGAAAACAGAACUUACUUGGGCCAAUUGCCUAUGCCUAG